CUCUCUGUCUUUUGAAUAGCAGUGAAUACCCGAGACUGUUUGGUGCCUGGUUGGAUAUAAUUUACUGCCAGCUCCAAAUAUAGAGGUUUGCAGUCACACUCAGGAGAAGUCCCUCCUCAGCCACACCACUUGGAGGGGUAGGCACAGAUAGGCAUAGCAGAUAAGGGGAACAGGGGCACAUAGCCGAUAAUGAGAACAGUGGCACUGGUUCCCAUUGCUAAAGAUGGGAAAAUCGCAGGCUAAAGAUGGUAAAUACUUGAGAGCUGGUCUACAUUUGGCAUUUAUAUAUGACAUACUAAUUGAGAACACAUUUUAUGCUUUGAAGUUGUGAAAAGUUCUGCCUACAUUCUAGAGUAAUGUCUAUGCCCCGAGCUUGCUGUUUGUUUCAAGUACUGCAUCAAGGAAACACAGAGCUCCGAGAGACCUUGAGUUUAUUCCCAGUAUAUCAGUGGACAUUUCUCUUCCUGCUGCUUCUGAGUGGUUUUGCCUUUGCCUUUGUGCCUCGGUAGUUUUUUUCCCCGCUCCUUGUUUAAACAAGGAUUAAUACUUCCUUUAGUUGAGCUGAGGCUAUUUUAUUUUACAUGGAUUGGUGAUUGUAAGUUUUUCUGAGCAGGUGUGGAGCAAUGAAUAGUCUUUUUAAUUUCGUUUUUUGGAUUUACAUUUUUUUAUAACCUCUUCUGUAACAAAUGGUAAAGCUCCACCUCCAUACUCUUUUUUAGUCAAUAGUUAAUGUUUCUUCCAUACUUCCCAGCUGCUGAUCAUGGGCACAGCUGACAAAACCAGAAGAGCCUUUCCAGUAAGGUGAGCUGAGCUAGCAUUUGAGUAGGACAAAAGGCUUUGGUAUAGAAUUAGGGCUUUGACAAAGUGAACAAAUGUAAAGGCAGCUGGAAAACUUGAGUGUUGCUAAUCAGGAAUAUAUUUCGUGAUUCUGAAGUUUCUAAAACAUGUAUACUUAAGCAAAAUAAUUCAACAACUUGUGGGUCAAUUUUCCUGUUUUAAAAUCCCUUAUGUGGAUUUAAAAAAUGUUUUUCAUACCUCUGAAUGUCUUACUUUCUCAAGAAACGUUGCUAGCUCCCCUUUUUCUUUAUUUUCAUAUCUCAACAAAAUCAUGAUUUACUUUUGAGCCUCUUCCUCCAUUUGCUCUUGCCAGAUGCCGUCUGUGCAACUUGAUUAUGACAGACCCCUUUAUCUUUAGUUGCUAAGACUCUUUUCAAGGGAGCGUUUGCUUUUAUUGUUUUAUUUAUGCUAUUGAUAGUGAACACUGUGUAGAGUUCAAAGGGGCUUGUUCUAACUUGAGAAUUUACUACUUUACUUGUAGUUGUUUGAGUAUAAAACAGCUCUUCUUCAGUUGGACUGGCAUUUGCGUUUGGGAGGUAUCUAUACUUUCCCUAAGUCAGUGAAUGGGUAAUAUUAAUAAUAAGAUAAAGUAAAUCUGCUAGCCUCCCCACCCCUCCCCCCUUCCCCCCCAACAAGCCAUAUGUUUGCAUAAGUUGCCUGAAAACCACCGUUGUGUCCAUUUCCUGUUCUCUUUCAUGCCUUAUGCUGGAGAAACUAUGAUUAUGUUAAUUAACAUUCCUGCACUAUUAAAAAUAAUGGAAUAUGCUAAAUGUAGCAAAUAGAAGGGGCAAGACAACACUCCUGAGAUUCAAAUGCAAAAGUUACGAAUUAAGAAAGUGCUUUUUAAAAUUAAUUGGGUGCUUAUAACAUUCUGUACUUUAGAGCUGUAAGGCAAAAGUACUUCAUAUGUUUAACACUCUACAAAUGUAUGUAAGACUAGUUUGAAUAAGUGACCAGUCAAAGCCACUCUUUGAAAAACAGAAUGAAACAAAACAAAAACACCUCCCAAACUAUCUUCCUUUUCCUUUUUCCCUUUGAAAGGUGUAAAGAGGGAGGGAACAGGUUUAAUUUCAAAACUUUUCUUGAUGAGUAUAACUCUUCGAAAAACCACUGUUAGCUGAAUAGCUCACCACAUUCCAAAAUGUUAUUUAAGAUGUAAGAAACACUUUAGUUUUAUACUGUCUUUUGAAAUUGAGAAAUACUUGGGAUGCUUUAGCAGUGAUAUUCUUGUUCCAGGAGAGAAGUUGAAUUGAAAUGUUCAGUGGUAAACCUGCUGGAUGAUGAUGAUGGUAAUAAUAGUAACAGUCAUUACUAUUAAUUGUGUGACAUAAUGUUUUAAGAGUUUAUGUAUAUUAAUUUAUUUAAAUUAAGAGCUACAUAAGGAAGCUGAGGUACAGACUUUUAAGUAACUUGUCCAUGGUCACAUAGCUGGUACAUGGCAGACCUGGAACCUGAGCCCACACAGUGGCUCAAAAAAAAAUCUAUGCUCUUAACCACUUUGCUGUGUAGUGACUGAGAGGCUUUAAGUUUUCCUGAGUUAGAAUUGUGGCUUUGGUAUUUUGCUACUGAAAAAUCUUAACAAUGGGAAUCUAUACUGUUUAUGUAGAAGUAGAAAUAAUUGUGAAAUUGACAAUUUCACAGUUGAAAUUGGUAAAUUCUGAAUUUGGUUCUGCAGUAAGCAAAAAGACUGCCUUCAGUCUGUCUUUUGAAUCAUUGUAGAUUAUUGUUUUUUUAUUCUUUGUCACUUGAAGACCCAUAAAUGCAUUUUGGCACACUGGAACCCUUGUCCCUAAAUUUAUUUGGGGAAAAGAAAGGAGAGAAGAGACAAAAAAUGAAGAAAGUCACCAUCUGUCAUUGAAACUUCAGUCUGUUCUCCUGCCCUUGAGCACACUCUGUUUGCUCUGGGGGGCCCCUUCCACUGGGUCAGCUUCCCUUCUUAGGUCGGCUCUCCACACCUGAGACUUGUGGUACCAUACUUGCAUACUGAAAUGGAAGUAUACUUUCCUUGCAGCUUUCAGAGCUCCACAUCUUAAUGGAGAAGUUAGGGAAAUGAAAAAUCCUGUGGUGGUUCAAAGACUAAAUACAUUUGGGAACUGUCUUGUUGAGGAAUAAAACCCAAGUUUAAGAAUACGGUUUUUUCUCCUCCUCUUCCUCCUCCUCAAUCAACAUGUAGUGUAAUAAUGAUUUCAGGAAUAGGACCCAAUGAUUCAUCACUUACAUAUACCGCCCAGUGCUCAUUCCAACAAGUGCCCUCCUUAAUGCCCCUCGCCCAUUUAGCCCAUCCCCCCACCCAGCACCCCACCAGCAACUCUCGGUUUGUUCUCUGUGUUUUAAGAGUCUCUUAUGGUUUGUCUCCUUCUCUGUUUUUAUGUUGUUUUUGCUUCCCUUCCUUAUGUCAUCUGUUUUGUUUCUUAAAUUACACAUAUGAGUGAAAUCGUAUGACAUUUGUCUUUCUCUGAUUUAUUUUGCUUAGCAUGAUACCCUCUGGUUCCAUCCGCAUUGUUGCAGAUACCAAGAUUUCAUUCUUUUUGAUUGCCAAGUUAUAGUCCAUUGUGUGUGUGUGUGUGUGUGUGUGUGUGUGUGUGUGUGUGUAUGUGUGUGUGUGUAUACACACACAGCACAUCUUCUUUAUCCAUUCAUCAGUCGAUGGACAUUUGGGAUCUUUCCAUACUUUGGCUAUUGUCGAUAGUGCUGCUAUAAACAUUGGGGUACAUGUGCCUCUUCGAAUCAGCACUCCUGUAUCCUUUGGAUAAAUACCUAGUAAUGCAGUUGCUGGGUCGAAGGGUAGUUCUAUUUUGAAUUUUUUGAGGAACCUCCAUACUGGUGCAGAAUGACUACACCAGUUUGCAUUCCCACCAGCGGUGCAAAAGAGAUCCUCUUUCUCUACAUCCUCGCUGACAUCUGUUGUUGCUUGAGUUGCUAAUGGUAGCCAUUCUGACCAGUGUGAGGUGGGAUCUCAUUGUGGUUUUGAUUUGUAUUUCUCUGAUGAUGAGUGAUGUUGAGCAUCUUUUCAUAUGUCCUUUAGUCAUCUGGAUGUCUUCUUUAGAAAAGUGUCUAUUAAUGUCUUUUGCCCAUUUCUUCACUGGAUUACUUGUUUUUUUGGUGUUGAGUUUGAUAAGUUCUUUAUAGGUUUUGGAUACUAACCCUCCAUCUGAUAGGUCAUUUGCAGAUAUCAUCUAACAUUCCGUGGGUUGCUUUUCAGUUUUGUUGUUACCUUUGCUACACGGAAGCUUUUUAUCUUGAUGAAGCCUUAGUAGUUCAUUUUUACUUUUGUUUCCCUUGCUUCCAGAGACAUGUCAAGUAAGACGUUUCUGCGGCCAAGGUCAGAGAGGUUGUUGCCUGUUUUCUCCUCUAGGAUUUUGAUGGCUUCCUGUUUUUGUUUAGGUCUUACAUCCAUUUUGUGUUUAUUUUUGUGUAUGGUGUAAGAAAGUGAUCCACUUUGACUCUUAUGCAUGUCGCUGUCCAGUUUUCUCAACACCAUUUGCUGAAGAGACUGUCUUUUUUCUUUGGAUAUUCUUUGUCAAAUAUUAGUUGGCCAUACGUUUGUGGGUCCAUUUCUGGGUUCUCCAUUCUGUUCCACUUAUCUAUGUAUCUGUUUUUGUGCCAGUACCAUACCGUCUUGAUGAUUACGGCUUUGUAAUAGAGCUUGAAGUCUGGAAUUGCGAUGCCUCCAGCUUUGGUUUUCUUUUUCAGGAUUGCUUUGGCUAUUUGGGGUCUUUUCUGGUUCCAUACAAAUUUUAGGACUGUUUUCGUUCUGGCUUUGUGAAGAAUGCUCGUGUUAUUUUGGUAGGGAUCGCGUUGACUAUGUCGAUUGUUUUGGGUAGUAUCUACAUUUUAACAGUAUUUGUUCUUCCAAUCCAUGAGCGUGGAAUGUUUUUUUCAUUUUUUUCAUGUCUUCAGUUUCUUUCAUAAGCUUUCUGUAGUUUUCAGUGUGUAGAUUUUUCACCUCUUUGGUUAGGUUAGAAUAUAGAUUUGACAUUACAAAUCCAUUUUGUGUCUGUCUGUUCUGUGUCUGUGUUGGUCUUCCAUGCAGCUAUCAGCGUUGUCAUUAGAAGUUACAGCAGGCGACAGAUGUAUCUUGAUGAGGACGUGCUGGGUUGAGAAUAGCCACAUGCUGUAUAUAUACUAGCCUUGAUGUACAAAAGGUGCAUGCAGUGUUUGAUUUGGAAACCACAAAGAAACCAAGUCCCUUGGCCAAUCUGGGGGAUUUUUUUUUGUAAUGAGAAUGUGUCAUUAAUCAUAUUUCUUGAGGGCAUCUGCAACAUGAGGCAGAGUUGAAUUUUUCUUUCUUUUUUUCUUUUUCUUUCAUCUCAUUUGCUACAAAGUUCCCAUUCGUCUUCAUCUUCUUUUUCUCUCUCCUUUCCUUGACUCUGUUGGCCAGCCUGCCUGCCAGUCUGCCUGUCUACUUAUAGGAUGUCCUGCCUUCCCAAAUGAAUUCAUUUUAUUGGGAAGCUAGUCUGGUACAAUGAAGAGAGUAGGGCAUUUCAUAAUUGUUUAUUGUAUUUAUUUUCAAAAGUAUUUUUUUUUUCAUCAAGGGCUAAUAAUUUUGACAAGGAAGUUGGCUAUAAUUAACAUUUCUUUAUCCUCUUAUGCCUUUCAUAAAAGGGAAAAUUAUUAGAAUUCAGAAAGAAUGUGACCAGCAUUGUGCCCAACUCUCAAUUGUUUUUUUAGCUCACAUACCUUCAGAUACCUUAUACCUCUCCCUUAUUAAACCUGUGCUUAUAAGAAAGUAAUAUUUUUUGUGUCUUUCACAAUUCUUUUCUACAUGAGGUGGAAAGUCCUAUUUCUCUGUGCUCCUCUCCUCCACUUUUGUCGUUGCCCUUUGUUUUGGAGAGCCUACAUGCGAUAACGUUUAAAAACAAUUUUUUUUUAAACGUUUAUUCAUCUUUGAGAGACAGAGAGAGACAGAGCAUGAGCGGGGAAGGGGCAGAGAGAGGGAGACACAGAAUCUGAAGCAGGUUCCAGGCUCUGAGCUGUCAGCACAGAGCCCAACGCAUGGCUCAAACUCACGAACUGCAAGAUCAUGACCUGAGGUGAAGUCAGACGCUCAACCGACUCAGCCACCCAUGUGCCUCAUUGAUAACAUUUUUAUAAAUGAGCACUGUCAGUUGGCUAGUGAUCUCCAAAGUGGUAUAGUUGAUCCUUAACAACAUGGGUUUGUAUUGUGUGGGUCCAGUUAUACAUGGAUGUUUUUCAAUAGAUACGCUGGAAAAUUUUUGGAGAUUUGUGACAAUUUCAGAAAACUCCAGAUAAACUGCAUAGCUUAGAAAUAUUAAAAACAAGAGAAAAGCAUGUCAUGAAUACAUGGAAUAUAUGUAGAUAUUUGUCUGUUUUAUCGUUUACUGCCAUAAAAUAUACACAAAUCUAUUAUAACAGUUAAAACUUAUCAAAGCUUAUGCACACAUCCAACAGACUGUAUGUGACAUCACUCACAGUUGAGAUAUGUAAACGUAAAGAUGCAUUAUUAAAUCCUAGCCACAGAAAAUUAACUGUAGUACAUACUAUACUACAGUAAUAAUUUUGUAGGCCCUUCUUGUUGCCACUGUACUGAGCUCAAGCAUUGCAAGUAUCUGGUUAAAGCACCGUGUAACACUGAUUUUCUCGUGAGCAGUUUGUCUUUAUGGUAAAUUGUGUAUCACGGUGAAAAGUUCUUUCAUGCGGUUCUCAUGUACUUUUCACUGUGUUUAGUGCAAUACUGUAAACCUUGAAUGACAGCAGGGGCCCCACACAAAGUGCACUAGUGAUGCUGGAAGUGCUCCCAAGAAGCAGAGAAAAGUCCUGACAUUAGAAGAAAACAUGGAAUUUCUUGACAUCUACCAUAGAUUGAGGUCUUCACCUGUUGUUGCCCACCAUUUCAGGAUAAAUGAAUCCAGCAUAAGGACCACUGUAAAAAAAGAAAAGGAAAUUUUGUGAAGCUGUUGCUGCAACUGUGCCAUAGGUGCAAAAACCUUGUACUUUCUGCAAAAUACUUUUUCAUCUCAUUUUGAACAUGCAGUUUUUAUGUAGGUGAGGAUUGCUGCGAGAAAGACAUUCCUAUAGACUCUUCAAGUGAUUUGAAAAGGUGAAGUCAUCAUAUGACCAUAUGAAAGUAAAGGACCUAAAGCUGGAGAAUAUCCCAUGCCAGCAAAGGAUGGUUUGAUAAUUUUAGGAAGAGGUUUGGCUUAAAAAUGUCAAGAUACCUGGAGAAACAGUUUCUGCUGACCAGGGGGUAGCAGACGAGUUCCCAUACCCAACAUUAAGAAAAGCACUGAGGUGAAAGGAUAUCUGCCUGAACAGGUUUUUAAUGCAGACAAAAGUGCCCUAUUCUGGAAAAGAAAAUGCCGCAGAGGACAUUUACCUAGUAAGGAAGAGAAGUGAGCACCAGGAUAUAAGGCAGGAAGGGAUAGGCUAAAUCUAGUGUUUUGUGGAAAUGCAGUCAAAUUUAUCAUCAGGACUGCUCUCAUCUAUAAAGCUGCUAACUCCUUGGCCUUGAAGGGAAAAGAUAAACACCAGCUGCCAGUCUUUUGAUUGUACAACAAGAAGGCCUGGACAGUGAGAACCCUUUUUCUGUACUGGUUCCAUCGAUGCUUUGUCCUUAAAGUCAGGAAGUACCUUGACAGUAAGGGACUCCUUUUUAAAGUUCUUUUGGUAUUGGCCAGGGCCCCUGGCCACCCAGAACCCCAUGAGUUCAGCACUGAAUGCAUCAAAGUUGUCUACUUGCCCCCAAACACGGUGUCUCUGAUUCAGCCUCUAGAUCCAGGGAGUCAUGAGGACCUUUAAGUCUCGUUACACAUGAUCCUUUAUGGAAAGGAUUGUCAAUGCUGUGGAAGAGAACCCUAAGAGAGAGAGAACAUCAUGAAAGUCUGGAAGGAUUACAUCAUUGAAGAUGCUAUCAUUGUUUUAGAAAGAGCGGUGAAAGCCGUCAAGCCCAAAACAAUAAAUUCCUGCUGGAGAGACCUCUGUCCAGAUGUUGUGCAUGACUUCCAAAGUUUACAACAGAGUCAGUUAAGGAAAUUAUGACAGAGAUUGUGUGUAUGGCCAAAAAAGUGGGGGCAAAGGGUUUUAAGGUAGGGAGCUUGAAGAAAUUCGAGAGCUAAUCGACAGCACGCUAGAGGAACAAACAGAAGAUGGCUUGAUGGAGAUGAGUGCUUCUAAACCAGUGCCAGAUGAUGAGAAAGAAGACCUAGAAGAAGCAGUGCCAGACAACAAAUUGACAUUAAACCAUAGUACAGAAGAGUUCUGAUUAUUCAAGACUGCCUUGACUUCCUUUAUGACACAGGCCCUUCUAUUUUACAGGCGCUGAAAUGAAAACAAAUGGCGAUACCGUAUAGAAACAUUUUUAGAGAAAUGAAAAAGCAAAGCCAGAAAUUAUAAUGUUUUGCCGUGAAGUGACACUGAGUGUGCCUGUCUCUCCUGCCACCCCCCCGCCCACCCCCCGUCUCACCUCUGCCAUCCCUGAGACAGCAAGACCAACCUGUUGUCUUCUUCCUCUUUCUAGCCUGCUCAACAGGAGGAUGAUUUGGGUGAAGACUUUUGUGAUAAUCCAUUCCUGCCAAAUGAAUGGUAAAUUGUCAGACCGUACAGUUAAUGAACUUAUCUGUUUUGUCUAUGUAUGUCUUCCUGUGGAAAUCUAGUAACUGUAUGGAAAGAGCUGUGUGAGAUGUUUUUGUGUCAUCAUCAUCCAGGUAUUAAUUGCGUAGAAUAUUGUGUGCAAGACUUGGAUGGGAAAGGAUAACUUAUUCUUACGUAGGUUUAAGGUGAGUGAUAUGUAAUAUAAAAUUAAUGACAUGAGUUUUCUUACUGUCUCAUAACUGCUUUCAAAGAAUUAUAGUAUUGUACAGUAUGCCUCCCUCUCUUGUAAUUGGAGAAAAUGCCUAUCAGCUUAUCAUCACAGGUAAGUGGUUUUAAAAAUGUUAACAAUAUUUCUAAUACUGUAUUCCGAAUUAUGACCAUAAUACUGUAUGCCCUAAAAAUUUUAUAAUGAUUAAUUCAUUAGGCUAGGCUGCUGUGAAGCAAUCAUAUCCAAUUAUACUAGACUACCAUAAAGUACCCAUGUUGCUGCUUUUUUUAAAAUUUUAUUUUUUAUUUUUUAAAAUAUACAUCCAAAUUAGUUAGCAUAUAGUGCAACAAUGAUUUCAGGAGUGGAUUCCUUAGUGCCCCUUACCCAUUUAGCCCAUCCCCCCUCCCACAACCCCUCUAGCAACCCUCAGUUUGUUCUCCAUAUUUAUGAGUCUUUUCUGUUUUGUUCCCCUCCCUGUUUUUAUAUUGUCUUUGUUUCCCUUCCCUUAUGUUCAUCUGUUUUGUCUCUUAAAUUCCUCCUAUGAGUGAAGUCAUAUGUUUGUCUUUCUCUGACUAAUUUUACUUAGCAUAAUACCCUCCAGUUCCAUCCACGUAGUUGCAAAUGGCACGAUUUCAUUCUUUUUGAUUGCCGAGUAAUACUCCAUUGUAUAUAUAUACACCACAUCUUCUUUAUCCAUUCAUCCAUCGAUGGCCAUUUGGGCUCUUUCCAUACUUUGGCUAUUGUGGAUAGUGCUGCUAUAAACAUGGUGGUGGACAUGUGCCUUCGAAACAGCACACCUGUAUCCCUUGGAUAAAUGCCUAGUAGUGCAAUUGCUGGGUCGUAGGGUAGUUCUAUUUUUAGUUUUUUGAGGAACCUCCAGACUGUUUUCCAGAGUGCCUGCACCAGCUUGCAUUCCCACCAACUAUGCAAAAGAGAUCCUCUUUCUCUGCAUCCUCGCCAACAUCUCUUGUUGCCUGAGUUGUUCAUGUUAGCCAUUCUGACCGGUGUAAGGUGGUAUCUCAUUGUGGUUUUGAUUUGCAUUUCCCUGAUGAUGAGUGAUGUUGAGCAUUUUUUCAUGUGUCGGUUGGCCAUCUGGAUGUCUUCCUUGGAGAAGUGUCUAUUCAUGUCUUUUGCCCAUUUCUUCACUGGAUUAUUUGUUUUUUGGGUGUUGAGUUUGAUAAGUUCUUUAUAGAUUUUGGGUACUAACCCUUUAUCUGAUAUGUCAUUUGCAAAUAUCUUCUCCCAUUCUGUCGGUUGCCUUUUAGUUUUGCUAAUUGUUUCCUUUGCUGUGCAGAAGCUUUUUAUUUUGAUGAGGUCCCAGUAGUUCAUUUUUGCUUUUGUUUCUCUUGCCUCCGGAGACGUGUUGAGUAAGAAGUUGCUGCGGGCAAGAUCAAAGAGGUUUUUGUUUUUUUUUUUAAACUUUUUUUUAAAUGUUUAUUUAUUUUUGAGACAGAGAGAGACAGAGCAUGAACGGGGGAGGGGCAGAGAGAGAGGGAGACACAGAAUCCGAAGCAGGCUCCAGGCUCCGAGCUGUCAGCACAGAGCCCGACGCGGGGCUCGAACUCAUGGACCGUGAGAUCAUGACCUGAGCCGAAGUCGGACGCUUAACCGACUGAGCCACCCAGGCGCCCCAAGAUCAAAGAGGUUUUUGCCUGCUUUCUCCUUGAGGAUUUUGAUGGCUUCCUGUCUUACAUUGAGGUCUUUCAUCCAUUUUGAGUUUAUUUUUGUGUAUGGUGUAAGAAAGUGGUCCAGGUUCAUUCUUCUGCAUGUCACUGUCCAGUUUUCCCAGCACCACUUGCUGAAGAGACACUCUUUAUUCCAUUGGAUAUUCUUUCCUGCUUUGUUAAACAUUAGUUGGCACAAUGUUGCUGCUUUUUUGUUAUCAAUGCAUGGAUCAUUAUACCUAUAAGUACAUAUGAAUUUCUUUUCCACAUUAUUUUUUUCAUCUUUGAUGUCUAGCGCUAGUAAUAUGUAUGGCAUAUACAGUGUUUUAUAUCAUAUAAGACAAUAUUGUGAAGGUACCGAUAGAUGAUGCAUCGUGUAAACAGAUGACAUAAACUCAUGGUAUCAAUAAACACAGUACAGGUUUCUAGAUGUAUUUUUUCCUCCUUAUGAUUCUUAAUAUUUUCUUUUCCUUAGCUUAAUUUAUUGUAAGAAUAUGGUGUAUAAUACGUAUAUAAAAUAUAAUAUUCAUCAACUGUUUAUGUUACUGGUAUGGCUUCUGGUCAGCAGUAGACUGUUAGUAGUUAGAUUUUUGGGGAGUUAAAAGUUAUAUGGGGAGUUUUGGCUGUUUUGCGGGUCAUUGUCCCUAACUUCUGCAUAGUUGAAGGGUCAACUGUAUACGUCUUCAAGAUUGUUUUUUUCUUAAGGCUGAAAUGCCGUGGUGUUUCAACCGUGAAAAUUUGAUGAAGUAUUUCUUCCAGAUAGAACUAAGAAACUAUUUGAAAUUGAUAGGGUGAUUGAAGCUAUCUAUAAGGUAUCCUUAUAAUAUUCUGUCUAAAUACUUUGGCAUUCAAAAUUGUGUUUUCUUUUUUGUUUUAAGUUUAUUUAUUUUGAGAGAGAGAGUGAGAGAGAGAGAGAGAGAGACAGCGUGAGUGGGGGAGAGGCAGAGAGAGAAUGAGAGAGUUCCAGGGCAGGCUCUGUGCUGUUAGCACAGAGUCCGAUGUGAGGCUUGAACUCACAAACUGCAAGAUCAUGACCUGAGCUGAAAUCAAGAUUCAGAUGCUUAACCUAGUGAGCCAUCCAGGUGCCCCCAAGAUUCUGUUUUCUACUAGUAUUGAUGAAUUUACAGUGAUGCACCUAUAUAGCCUUUUGCUGAUUUCUCUAUUAUGGCAGAUAGAUGUAAAGCAACACUUGGUGGUUGUGUCCAGGCUAGUUACAUACAUGCAAGUACUUGCUUUUUUCUCUCUUUUCUUUUAUUCUCUAAACCAGUGUUUGAGAUGUAUGUGCCUAUACUGGAGUCUGUUUUUCAAAAAUAAUUUUGUUCUCAUUAUAUAUAAGAUCUUUGAUCCUGUAGAGCAUUCAGACAAUAUAGAAAAUUGUGAGGAAGCAAAAAUCAAGGUUAACAGUUUAGUAAUUCCAGAUUGAUCACUGUCGACAGUUUGGUAAUUUGCAUGCAUGGGUGUCCAUGUGCACAUAACACGAACAUACACAUGUGUACACUCUUGUGUCAUGAGUGAACUUCUAUAACACAUGCCAUUUACCAGUCUUAAUUUUUUACUUAAUACUUUGUUGUGGCUUUUUUCUCGUGCUAAUGAGUAUCAUAUUUUAAAAUGACUGAAUUGUGUUUCACUUGAUGUAUAUAUCAUAAUCUAUUUCUCAGUACCCUUUUGAUAGGUGUUUAGUUUUCAGUUUUUCACUAUUGGGAGCAAUGCUACCCUAAGCAUAGUGGCAUAUUCCUCUUGUCCGCUUGUAUUUUGGGGGCAAAUUUCUGUAAAUAGAAAUGCUAAUAUAAUUUUAUUUUAAAUAUAAUUAUACUUUGUGGCAAUAUAUUAAAAAGUAUAUAAUUUUGUAUGGUAAGCAGUUCUGGAAAGCUGAUAAUUUUCCCUUUUAAGAAUCUGACCUGUGCUCUUUUAGACUGAAUGUAGUUAUUAGCAUCCACAUAUAUAGGGCCAAAAUGGUCCAGAUUGCUGGUUUUGGGGGUUUGGGGGUCUGCAUUUUUAUAGAUUUAUUUUUGUCUUCCUUAUAAAACUCUUUUCUCAAACCUGCUGCUUUUAAUCUGUAGGGAACUUGGAAACAAGAUAAAUAACUUUAUUAUAUGAUAUAUAAAAUUAAAUCAAGUAGCCCCUGAGUCAAAAUCUAUGGAGUGUUCUAGUUAUAGAGGUAGGAUAAAGUUGUUGACUGGUUGAAUUUAGGAAAUGUAAGGACUAUUUCCAUUUUGGGGGCUGUUUAUUUUAUGUCCAUGUUCUGUUGUAUUGAAUUAUUUCUACUACAAAGCAGCAAUUUAUUGCUGAAUGUAGGAGACAAGGCUGUAUGAAUUGAGAUAAAAGGUAAGCUUUUAUGAUUAGGAAAUUCCCUUCCUUCAGGUGGGUGGAAAUGCCGAUGGAGUGUUUGCCUCCUCGUUCCUUCUCUGCCUGGCAUUGCUUACUUGUUGUGCUCUUCACUGGGGAAAGUAUAUCUUUGUCUCUGGGCAUGCUCUCGAGGCUGCUGACACCCUCGGUGCCUUCUCCAAGGCUGGUCAUGAGGGAGUCAGCCAGGAUCUGACUGCUUGAGCUCUGGCAACCCCUGUGUGGGAACAGUUUUCUGGGAUAGAUGAGCCCUGGGCAACUGAGCAGUGCCAGUCUUCCUUCCAUUAUUGCCUGAUUUGUGCUGCCAGCACUGGUGUGUAUUAGGAGUGCAAAACUGAGUCAGACCCCUUCCUCCUCUUCUGGGAGCUCACCUUGUGGAAAGUAAGAUAACCUCAAAGCAUGUAGCUUGAUAGAUGGCACACCAAGUACCCUCUGAGUGGUGUGUUUGAGAGGGGAGUUAUCAGUUCUUUCUGAGGAAGAAAGGCUGCAAAGGCUUCCAGAAGAGACGGGGAAACUUGUACCCAGAGGUGGAAAAUGAGAAGAGUUGGAGGGGGAAAGUUGUUAGGAGGGGGGAAAGGUGGGGUCAGAGUUGGGGGUAUGGAGAUACACUCAUUCUAGGCAGCAGGUAAAGCUUGUGCAAAAAUGUGGAGAUAGGAAACAUUUACACCUCUUUUGUGAUUCACAUUCUGCACAGCUUUCAUGGCUGGCACGCUAAGUGUUGGAGGAGAGGGGGAUGCUUGAAGAGGAGAUGGUAGAGACCAUAGUGGGCCUUGUGUGCUGUGAUGAAGAGUUGGACUUGAUCUUUUAGUGAUAGUGGGGCAUCAUCACAAAGCUUUAAUUAGCCCUGUGCCUUGAUUCAUGGGCACAUUCAUGAGCAGCAAAUGAAAACCUAUUGUGCUCAUUUCAUGGAGUGAUAAAAAUCCCAUUUAUGAGUUAGGGGAUGUGCUAAACAUUAGUACUAGAGGGAGUACAUUUAUAAUGUGACUCAUUCCCUCAGCAAGGCUUUCAGGGUCUGUAAGGUAAGCAGAAAGACUCCUUUAAUAAAGGGACGCCAUUUCAGACAGGUGGUAUAACUGCUUAGUGCUGAGAAAACUUAUGUCCAGGCAGUCCAACCUGGUGUAUAGAUACAGGUUUGGGGGAUGGCACAGGGUGUGUCCUUACCCAGCCUUGCCUGACAGCCCGACAUAGGACAGACGGCAGGCUAUGCAAAAAGGAACAGUCUUUGUGCAGUGCAGAAAAAGACUGCUGUGCAUUGAUUUUUUUUUUCCCCCCAUUUCAUACCUGCACACAAAUAUGGAUCUGUCAGGGUGUCAUCUCUGAAUACUGAGUUAAGUAAUAUCAGAGUUAAGAUAAAAAUCAGUGGUUUAAUUGAUGAAAUGAGCAUAGGGCUAGACAUGUAAUAGCUCGAUAAAUAAUUGAUUUAAAAAAAAAAACCUGACUUUAAAACAAAAUGGAUUUUCAAAAACUGAAAAAGACUUGGUUAAAACAUUUUAAAAAUGUAUCAGAAGAGAUUAGGAUUUAGAAUUUCUGGUAUAUAAAUUAAGACAUUUUAUUCACUUGAUCUUUUAAGCAGAGUUUUUAAGUAAGACACUGUAGGCCAUGGACUGUAUUCAUAAUCUGAUAUUAAAGUGUACUUAGAGAAUUUAUUCCUUUAUAAAUUAUUCAAAUGGAGUAAAUAAGCAGGAUUUACGGGGGGAGGGCAGUCAGUGGGCUGUUGACUUGAAUAUCUUACUAAGCUUUAAAGAUGUUUCCUUGAGGGGCAGAUGUUGGUUUGAGGAAUUCUCAAUCAGUGUAUUGGCUUGGAAGUGAAAGAAUCUGGAAAGCUUGUGCUUCUUUACAAAUCUCCUGCAUAUACUGAGAUCAGAAGGUACAGUCUGGUGUGUGGAGGUAAAUGUGAUUUUGGCAGCGUGGAUCCAGAAGGUUGGGUUUCCACUUACGUCUCACCACUUCGAGCACUGUGCCCUAGAUGUCUUAUUUACCUCUAUCACUUCCAUCUUCUUUUGCAGACUUAUCCCUAUAACACCUCUACCUCCUAAUUGUACAGACUUUUUGUGAGAAUUGAAUGUUCUCAUUCUAAUGUGAAUGAAACAUUUUAUUUAGCUUGCAAAAUACUUUACCGAUGUAAGAUGGCAGUAUGAGGUGUCAGAAAAGUUUUGUUUUUAGUGGCAUAGCGUUUUUAAAAAAUGUUUGUUUAUUUUUGAGAGCACAGAGACAGAAUGCGAGUGGGUUAGGGGCAGAGAGAGAGGGAGACACAGAAUCUGCAACAGGCUCCAGACUCUGAGCUGUCAGCACAGAGCCCGACGCGGGGCUCGAGCUCACAAGCUGUGAGAUCGUGACCUGAGCCAAAGUCAGUCACUCAACCAACUGAACCACCCAGUGGCCCCAAGCAUAGCAUAUUUUAACUUCAGUUUAGCUUGGUUUAAGUAAAGAAAAGGGCAGAAAUCUACAUUCAUCAAUACACUAAUUAGACAUUUUUAAAUGUAAGUUUUUGGUCAUAAUUUCUACAUGCUGCUGAAGAAAAAUAUUCAGAAAACACAUGGUUUUUUGGAGAGUGGGUUUAGGUUUAAAUGACUGAUCCUUCUGAUGUCUUUUAAAUAUUCAUUAUUAAAUUUUUGAACUGGACAUAGUUAAUCUCUUGGGAGCAUUUUACAUACAGUGCCUUGUUAAAGUUGCAAGAUACAAAAUAUGCAAAAAUCUGUUGCAUUUCUAUGUACUAAUGAACUAUCAGAGAAGUUAAUAAAACGAUCCCUUUUAUACUUGCAUCAAAAAUAAUAAAAUACCCAGGAAUAAAUUUACUACUAACAAAAUUUGAUUAGUCAAAUUCACUUUGAGUGUUACAUUAGGGAAUCAGUGAAAUGCUCUGGGGGGUGGCAAUUGUGGCUGAAUCCACAUUUCAGGAAAAAAAUGACAGUUUGUUUUGUUGGUCUGCGCGUGCAGUGAAUCCUCAGCCUCGCAGCAGGGGCCCUCUGGGGAUGUUGGCAUGCACAGCCCAUCAGUGACAGCCAAGCUGUCAGGAGGUGACUUCUGAAGGGGAAUAGAGUUCUUGCUGCUGCCUGUAUUCCAAGUGUAUAGAGUGGGCUGUAGGAUCCCAAUCCUAAAGAGAAGAAAUUUGAUUCCAGUGCUUAGCACACAAAGCAAUGAGAAAUUUAAUCAUUAUUAAUGUAACUAUUAGAGGCUUACCUUCAUAAUAAAGGAAGUUCGUUUUCAUACCUACAUUUAGUCCCUCCUGCUGCCAUUAAUGUUUCUGGUUACAAAAUCUCAUCUCAGCAGUGUUUCCAAGAAUGGCACUUUGUGCCCUGUGGUCCCUUCUGUCGUCUGGUCCCUGUGAAACCCUUGAAUAAACAAACUCAGGACCCCCUCCUUGCUGUGGUUCCAGUUGUUGCUUGGAGUCUACAGGAUCACUCUCCUUGUGCAAGUAAGUAGGCAGGCAGCAUUGUAAAGUGGUGAAAUUUGUAGACUUGGAGUUUGGAGUUUGAAGCAUGGCCAUUGCACUUAGUAGCUCUUGACCUUGGGCAAGUAAGUUAAUCUCUUGGAGCCUUGUUUUCUUCAUUUACAACACGGGGAUAAUAUUUACCUUAUCAAUAGGCCGUAAAGUACUUAGCAUAGCAUCUGGCACCUGGUGAGCCUUAGCAGAGGUUCAUUAAGAUUGUGUUUUUAUGAUUAAACCAAGCAUUGUGUGAUUGCAAUUCUGAGAAUAAUUUUCUGGGAGUUAGGGAACAAACUGAAUUUGUGGACUAUUGUUACUAGGGUUCCUGUUGGUGCGAAAAGGAAGGAUGGCUUUAGGUCAUAUGGCUGAAUGGCAGUUCAGGGAGUGAAGAGGAGCGAGUUUUAUGGCUCUUUAAAAAGUCAGUCAGCAUCUAUUAUUUGAAAAUGUAUUUUGAUUGGAAACACUGAGUUUGAUUGUGAAUUUAAAUCCUUUUAUGUGACUGGAGUGAGAAAAUUAUUCACGCUGGCAGUUUCUCUUACACACUGAAAUCUGUUUCUUUGCCGGUGCAGAUUUCAUUUCUGUCUUUUUGACUGAGGAGGAAAAAUAAGAUCCUCUUUUGCCUUUUCUAGAAUCUAUCAAUACUUACUGAAUUAGGUGAAAGGUUUGAGCCAUUCCUCUUUGUAGGCCUGAAGGACCUGAAUCCUCAGUGCAAAGCUCUCAAAGCUGAAUUUUUAGUAGAAAAAGGUGUAUGAUAUCUGUGUAUGUGAAGGAUUGGUGUUUCUUGAGCUAUCAGAGUAACUUUGAACUGUAUGUAAAGAAGUGAGAAACAAACAAAAUCACUUAUCCCAUGGGUUCUUCCAACUCCUCCUUCUCAAGUGUGAAUCAUCUCUGAGGAAGACAAGGGUCAAAGUGGCCUGAUAUGUGGAAGAGCAGGAACAAGAUGGAACAGGAUAUGAAGAGUGUGGAUCUGGGAGCCCGGAAUGCUGGCUUCUGGUUCUGGCUUUGCUAAUAUAUGAUUGUGAUACUUGAGAAAGGUAGUUUGCUGGUUUGGCUUCAAUUUUUUUUUUUUCUUUUUUUUCUUUUUUUCUUUUUUUUUGUCUCUUACUGUUCAGGGGCUGUAGGUGAUCUCCAGGCUCUUGGGUUGGAAGUAGCUUAUGCAGCCUUCCAUAAGAGCACAGGUAGACAGCCUUGAAGCACUCUUGGCAGGUCAUUAUUCUGUCUCUAUUGGCUGUUUCAUUCAGCCUCAGCUUCCCUUCCCUUCUAGAGAUGGGGGACUCUUUGUUUUCAGUGCAGCUUUGAACACCUUAAUAUUGAGGAGCUUUUCAUGGUGUGUAGAUUCCUAGCCUUCCCAUAGUCCUAAUUAUAUCUUCCAUCUUUCACGCAACAGAUCUUCAGAUAUUGAACGAGUGUCAGGUUAAUUUUUUCCAGGUUAUGCUGCCGAAGCUCUAACCAUUGCUCUUUGAUGUAUUUCAGAACUUCAAUAUCAUGCUAACUUUUCUGAAAUAUCUCAGGUUUUCACUGCCACUUUUAAAAUGUGACCCUUGGAGAAGCAUAUCCAGUACUUUAGCUAGGAUGUGACUAGCACAGUGCAUGCUAAGACUGUUUGGAAACUAAUUUAAUGAGAAUAGCCCAAGUUGAUGUUUUUGUUGGUUUAUUUUAUAGACAGAUUUCUGCUAUGUUGAGCAUGUAGCUCUCAUCCUUGGAGUUGUCUUUCACAUGAAUUGCUCACAGGUAAGGCCUUAUUUUGUAGAUGAACAGCUUAUGUUUUAGCUCUAGGGCAGUACUUUAUAUUUAAUUCUUUUUUCUUGUGAAUUGUUUUAUACUUGUUCCUUGCUCCUGACUGCUGAAUUUUCUGACCCUUCCGUCUGUCCUGGAUAUUAGGGAGUCCCACAGGUUGUGUUCUCCUCAUUUCUCCUCUCUGAUACUGCCCCUGAGUCCAUCCCAGGUAGUUGAUGAAAAUGUUGACCAAGGCAAAGCCAAGUGGAGACUCUUGUGGCAGAGAACCAGCAUCUUUCUUUGUUCUUUACAUUUAACGUGUGGGGAACCAUCAUAGUGGUUCCAGGCUCUUACCAGCAAUAUGUUUUUAAUCAUAGCUGGAUGUAAUUUGUCUUGUUUUGAAGCCUUCAGUUCAAACAGGCUUCUCAGUAAGUUAUCAUCUGUCUUGAAAAUUCUGUAUUUGUAAGUUUCUGUUUUCGUGUGCAUUUGGACUGCUGGUGCCAGCUCUUUUGCCAGUUCUUGUGUUCUACUUAGGUGAGCCUUUCCUUAUGUGAUCUCCAAUAAUAUUGCCCACUAGUCCCCAUCUUGUGUUUUUCUUGGUGCUCUCAGUCUUCCUAUGGCUUCCUGACCUCUGGAAUGCCCAGAACUGAGUACUGAAUUGCCUUGUGGGCCAAUAGAAGGAGGAAAUGUCCUAUGUUAAGAAGGUUUCUGAUCUUUUUUCCAGAGGUACUACUACAUAUAUACCUCAGAGUUUUUCAAAAGACUAUAACUUUAGACAGUUUAAAUUUAUCCUCCAGGGGUAGAAGGAGAAAUUGCAAAAAAAUAUUCCAGGAGUCUUUUCUUUUUUUUUUUUUUUUAUGUUUAUUUAUUUAGAGAGAGACUGAGAGGGAGAGAACAUAUGAGUGUGCACGUGAAUGCACAUGAGCAUAAGCAGGGGAGGAGCAGAGAGAGAGAGAUUGAGAAUGGGAAUCCUGAAUCCCAAGCAGGCUCCAUGCUCAUGUGGAGCCUGACACCGGGCUUGAUCUCAUGACCGUGAGAUCAUGACCUGAACCAAAAUCAGGAGUUGGAUGCUUAACCAACUGAGCCACUCAGUUGUCCCUAGAAGUCUUGUAAAGAGGGGGCAAAAUUUAAGAAACUAUCUCCUCUUAUUUUAUCACUCUUACAAUGUCCUUUAUGGAACAUGUGUAUCCCAAGUAAUGGUAGCAGUUAGAUAUUUCUGUGUUUGAGGUUCUCUUUAGUGUAAAGUAUUAAGCAGUAAUAGAGCACACAUACUGUGGAAUGAAAGGACCUCAUUUGUAAGGAUUAGAAAAGAUGAAUUGUACCGUAAAAGGUAGAAGAACAUUCGGAAUGGAAGACUAACCUGUGAGAAUGAUUUUGAACAUGGACCUAUAAAUGCUUGGAAUUUUGAUGUACUUAAUUAUUAAUGAGAACUUUUAAAACUACAGAAUUUUGCAUUAAGUCACUCAUUAUCAUUGGAAUUUUGCCUUGUUUAGAUUUGGCUUCCAACUUAUAUAAAGGCUUUAAUUACUUGAAGUAAGUCAGACUUUUGCAGCAUGGAUUCCAGGAACAGUAUAUAGAAGAAUUUCCAUUAAUAUGGGAAAUACUGUGUCUAGAAGCUCUUCAAAUGAAGGAGUCUUUAACGAUUAACUUUCUGUGGAGAACAAGAUGCUGUAUGGUUUCUAGAUUACAGUGCUGUAGGGGUACAUGUGGAAAUUAGAACUCUAAUGGGAUUCAAUUUUAUUAAAUACAUAAGGUUUUGCACCUUAAAAGUUAAGUAUCCAGUUGCACUCAACUUAGGAAAUUCAAAGUUAUUAUUCUCAAAAUAACUGUUACUUUGUCCCCAUGGGCAGAUUUUGAAUUUGCAUUGUUGAGCAUAAUGUAUAAUUUAUACUUCAAUAUAUACAGUUGAGUCUUAUAUCUAAAUGAGUGAAAGAAAUUAACUUCAUUUCUGUAUAUAUUGUAACUGGGCAACAUUCAUUAACCAAUAGUGAUUUGAACAUAUACUAUGUGAUAGGGCCUAGGGAUAUAGAAAUGAACAAAUAAAACAGAAUCCUUGCUUUUAUGUUGUACACUUAGGUAAUAUGGGGGAAAUGCAUGUAUCUGUGAUUUUGUGAUAAAAUUAAGGGAGUAAUUGUGCAUUGCACUAAGAAUAAUACGUUGUCUACAAAUGAUGUUAUUUGCCAAGAUUACACAUCUGACAUAGAAGAAACAAAGAUUUUGGACUCCAUUGAGGACACAAGUCUUUGGUGUCCUUGAGGUAACUCUGGUUCUCAAAGACUAUCUUGAAACCAUCGGCUGGAUUUACUUAAAAAAACCCAUUCAAUUUAGGCAGUAACUAAAGAUGGAGUGAUUAUUCACUGGGACACUUUUCAUAUUACCAAAAAAUUUAGAAUUUAUAGCGUUCAGAACUCUUGGGGCUGUUGAAUUUAUGUUAUUGUUUAGAAAAAUAAAACAUAAAAAUAAAAAUAAAAAUAAAAUGGAAAAAUAAAAAAAAAAUGGAAAAAGGCCUGGAGUUUCUAAACCAUGUGACUUGUGGUCAGUCCCAUUUCUCUUGAUACAGAGCAGGGAGCUGUUCUCAACAGGACCAUUCUAAUCUGUGUGCAGUUGGCAGCUUCGGAUUUUCACAGACUAACAAGUAAGACCGCUAGAGGCCUAUACCUCCUUUAGUUGUUGCAGGGGUGCAUCAUCACAUGGACGAGGUGGGAAAAGGAACACUUUGUCUCCAGGCUUAGGAAGUAGACUUGGAAAAGGAAAGAGAAUGUUUUGAAUAAAAUCAGAAGGGAAAUUAUGCAUGUCAAACACGAGUCUGGAAUCAUACAGAGUAAUGGAUACUCAGACUCUGCAUGGGAGUUGAAAACUUUUUUUUGGCUAGUAUAUAUUUUUGUCCCAAAAGGAAGCAGUUUUUAAUGCUCUGUUCAUAGCUUGCAAUCUUAUGAGCUUCCUGGUAUUUAAGUAAUAUUUUUGACAGUGAAAGCAAUUAAAUCAUUUGGAAAUCAUUCAGCCCCUGAAGUGUAUUUUCUAAUUUCUUCCCCUGGAGAGCACUAGCUGUAGUCUUUGCUAAGAGAUGAAUUAGGCCCCCUCAUACAGUCUUUUUAAGAGCCAUCUUAGGAGGUUUGAAAAGUUACUUUUUAUACCAUAGGGUAAAACCCCCUCCCUCCCCUUUCCUAUCAGUUGAAUUCUUAAAAUGAUUACAUUUUCUUCUUGUUCCCUAGGACUAAAUUUUUAAGCAAAUAAUGUCAUAAGUUGAGGCAGAUGGAAAACCUCAAAGGGCUUCCAGCACCUUCCUGAAUUAUUGUUGCCAGCGCCUUUAAGCCAUGGCUACCACCCCACAAGGAGAACCCUUGUCCCUGUUCUGCUAUCUUUGGUUCAAAUUUGCUGUGGGCAACAGACCUUAAGGUUGACAAAGGCAGGUGGGCUUUAAAGAGGAAACCCUUAACAGUUGCUAUUCCUGUAACUCUUGUCGCUUUUCUCCUAGUAACUGCCUUUUCAUUUUUGGGGCUGAGAUAUGAGGCAGAGAAGGUGAACUCAAGAGAGAAGAAGGAUUCUCACCACUCUCUCUAGUCCCCUUGUUCCCUUCAUGGCCCUGCCCAGUCUACUAUUUUCCAAACUACUUGUUUACAAAUCAGAGAGUCAUGUAGGGAGGUAUUUUUGGGUUUUUUUGGUUUUUGUUUUAACCAAGUAGUUUCCCAGGCCCCACUGUCAGCUUUUAUACUUUAGGAAGUCUGAGGCUUGAAUCGUGAAAAUCUCUGUAUUUGUUGACUUAUUAUGCAGGUAGGUGCUUUUGAUGCCCAGUUAGAUUUGAGAAUUAUUGGAUACUGACUCAUCCUGACCUUGGAAGUUCUGAGUCAUAAGUCAUAGGUCCAGUGGGACUUACUACUCGACAGAUAAAGCCACAGGUACCAGGUGUUCAUGAACUAAGAGGGCUUCAAGGAAUGAAAGAGCAUUUGUACUUCUCUCUAGUCAUCUGGUUGGUGGAUGUUGUGUUUUUAGUGCCAUAUUAAAAUAUAUUAGCUUUGUCCUCUUUUAUAUUUGUAAGUUGAUGGAAAGCUCCAUUUGAAGAUGUGAUGGGUAAGCUGACAACCUCCCAUCCCCCUAAAAAAAGAUGAGACCAAUUAAAAAAUGUAUACUUUCUUUACAUAAAUGUGUUACCUAAGUAGAUUUUUUAUAAAUAGGAUCUACAUUGUUUUUCUUCAUAAUCAUCCGUCUUUUUCUAUUAGUGGAGUGUGGUCUUCUCUUAGUUUCUUCUUUUAUCUUCACAUUAAUUUGAGAAAUUUAAACAUGUAUUUUGAUGACAUUUGUCUUUUGCAGUUUUCAUCAUCGUUGGGGAGGCUGAUGGAGUUUAUGAGGGGCUGACUCCUCAGAGAGGGAGGAAAUUAUGGAGGAGGCAGCAUUUGAGCCAAGUCUCUAAAAUGUGGGAGAAGAUGUGAGUUUAGAGAUUGGUAUUCUCUCUUGUUGGGAGGAUAUUCCAGAUACAGGAAAAUGUGAGCAAAGUUAACAGGCAUGUUUGAGAAACAGCAGGCCCUCCUCCCAUGGGGCCAAAAUGUAGGCUCCUUGAAAGAAAAGCAUAGAAUGCUAGACUAGGGGCAGAGUGUCAGGAGCUUUAAAGAAUUUCUGUUUGGACUUUAUGCUGUGUGUCAUAGUUUUUAUAGGGAAAUGGACUCAGAUUUUAAAAUAGUAACUUCAUAACUAUAAUUGUAGCACUAUAUCUUAGGAGAAUAAAAUCUUUUAUAUGAAUUCUAUUUCAGAACUUUCAAAACUGCAUAUGUGCAGGUGUCUGUUCCACACAAAGCAAACAUCUUUAACUGCUUUCUCCUGACACGUACUUUGCAGUCCGGUGACUCUGGGUCAUGCCUGCCCUAGGAAAACUGGGGCUUGGGAGUACUGAAAUAAAUGAGAACCUCAUCAUGUGGAGAACAGCCUUAGCCACAUUUGGAUCUUCUGCCUCUCAGGGUUUGGGCCUUCUUCCUGCUUCAGUCAUUCUGUUUUGUCCUCCUGCUCCCUGCCCUGUCUCCAGCUUUCCCCUCUCUUACUAACAUACAGGGGCUUUGAACCUUGUGCUUGAAAGUUUGUGUCAUCUUGCUACACCUUUUGGGAACUACUUGGCUACCCUUACGAGAUCCUGUUCAAAACCGUGUUUCUGGUGUGUUUUUAGCAGCUAAUGAAAGUUGCCUAUUACUGUCUUUUCAUAUAUUCUUAAAGUUGAAACCAUUGGUAUGCUUAAUAAUUUGUAUAAUUAAUAGAAUAAGUAAUCAUUUAUUAAUAUGAUGGUUUACAUAAAUAUAAAACCUAGGAAUUUCACAGAGCCCGGGUGUAAUAAUCUCUAACAGAUCUGGAAAGAAGGUCAAAGACUAGUUGAAAGGACUAGUUUUUCCUCAUCUAAAAAAAAAUUUUUUUUUUUGAUGUUUAUUUGUUUUUAGACAGAGAGACAGAGCGUGAGCGGGAGACACAGAAUCUGAAACAGAUUCCAGGUUCCAGGCUGUCAGCACAGAGCCUGAUGCGGGGAUCUGACUCACAAACCAUGAGAUCAUGACCUGAGCCAAAGUUGGAUGCUUAAACCAACUGAGCCACCCAGAAUUGUACCAGAAAGAAAUUGUAAAGGCUCUCAGAUGCAGUUCUGUAAAACAGAACACCAAAAAGAAGAAAUACUAUGUGGAAAACUGCCAAAGUUGAAUACAGUUCUAUUAAAAACACCUUUGGGCAUGACAGGUUUCCACUUGAGUGGCACAGUGACAGAACCUGCAAUACAAUCGGAGCCAGAAACUGUUUGCAACGUGGCCAUCAGCUUUGAUCGUUGCAAGAUUACCUCAGUGACCUGCAGCUGUGGAAACAAGGACAUAUUUUAUUGUGCUCAUGUUGUGGCACUGUCUUUAUACCGCAUCCGCAAGCCAGAUCAGGUCAAACUGCAUCUUCCCAUUUCAGAGACUCUCUUUCAAAUGAAUAGAGACCAACUACAAAAGUUUGUACAGUAUUUGAUCACAGUGCACCACACAGAAGUUUUGCCAACUGCUCAGAAAUUAGCAGAUGAAAUUCUUUCCCAGAAUUCAGAAAUCAACCAAGUUCAUGGUGCUCCUGAUCCAACAGCAGGUGCUAGUAUAGAUGAUGAAAACUGCUGGCACUUAGAUGAAGAGCAGGUUCAAGAACAGGUUAAACUGUUCCUUUCCCAGGGCGGGUACCACGGAUCAGGGAAGCAGCUUAAUUUGCUCUUUGCAAAGGUGCGGGAGAUGUUGAAGAUGAGGGACUCUAAUGGGGCCCGCAUGUUGACGUUGAUAACAGAGCAAUUCAUGGCUGACCCUCGUCUGUCACUUUGGAGACAACAAGGCACUGCGAUGACUGACAAAUAUAGGCAGCUCUGGGAUGAGCUGGGUGCUCUGUGGAUGUGUAUAGUUUUAAACCCCCACUGCAAGUUGGAACAGAAAGCCAGUUGGCUAAAACAGCUGAAAAAGUGGAACAGUGUUGAUGUCUGUCCAUGGGAAGAUGGAAAUCAUGGCAGUGAAUUACCCAACUUAACCAAUGCUUUGCCUCAGGGUGCAAAUGCUAACCAAGAUUCAUCGAACAGGCCACAUCGGACAGUGUUCACCCGAGCCAUCGAGGCAUGCGAUCUCCACUGGCAGGAUAGCCACUUGCAGCACAUUAUCAGCAGUGACCUAUACACCAACUACUGUUACCAUGACGACACUGAAAACUCCCUCUUUGACUCCCGAGGGUGGCCCCUCUGGCAUGAACAUGUUCCUACAGCUUGUGCAAGAGUGGACGCAUUACGUUCUCAUGGGUACCCCAGAGAAGCCCUGAGACUAGCAAUAGCUAUUGUUAACACGUUAAGAAGACAGCAACAGAAACAGUUGGAAAUGUUCCGGACUCAGAAAAAAGAGCUACCCCAUAAAAGCCUCACCUUGAUAACCAAUCUGGAGGGCUGGGUUGGACACCCCCUGGACCCUGUGGGCACUCUUUUUAGCAGCCUUAUGGAAGCUUGCCGAAUUGAUGAUGAAAGCUUCUCUGGGUUCUCCGAUUUUACAGAGAAUACGGGACAGUGCAAGUCUCUGGAAUACCAGCAUCUCCCUGCACACAAAUUCUUAGAAGAGGGGGAAUCCUAUUUAACACUAGCUGUGGAAGUCGCCUUGAUAGGGCUGGGACAGCAGCGUAUCAUGCCUGAUGGGCUGUACACACAAGAGAAGGUUUGCCGGAAUGAGGAGCAGCUCAUUUCCAAGCUUCAGGAAAUUGAAUUGGAUGACACACUGGUGAAAAUUUUUCGCAAGCAAGCAGUCUUCCUAUUAGAAGCCGGACCAUAUAGUGGUUUAGGCGAAAUAAUCCAUCGGGAGAGCGUUCCAAUGCACACAUUUGCCAAGUAUCUCUUCACCUCUCUCCUACCUCAUGAUGCUGAAUUGGCAUACAAAAUUGCACUGAGAGCAAUGCGGUUACUAGUAUUGGAAUCUACUGCUCCAACUGGAGACCUCACCCGCCCACACCAUAUUGCGUCAGUUGUUCCCAACCGAUAUCCUCGUUGGUUCACUCUAAGCCACAUAGAAUCCCAGCAGUGUGAGCUGGCAUCCACCAUGCUAACUGCAGCCAAAGGCGACGUUCGGAGGCUGGAAACAGUAUUAGAAUCCAUCCAGAAAAACAUUCACUCCUCAUCCCACAUCUUCAAGCUUGCCCAAGAUGCAUUUAAAAUAGCAACUCUCAUGGACAGUUUGCCAGACAUCACUCUUUUGAAAGUGUCUCUGGAGCUGGGCCUGCAGGUUAUGCGAAUGACACUGUCCACCUUAAAUUGGCGACGGCGGGAGAUGGUGAGGUGGCUGGUGACGUGUGCUACUGAAGUGGGUGUCUAUGCCCUGGACAGCAUCAUGCAGAGCUGGUUUACGCUCUUUACUCCCACUGAGGCCACAAGUAUAGUUGCAACCACCGUGAUGUCCAACAGCACCAUCGUUCGCCUCCAUCUGGACUGCCACCAGCAGGAAAAGCUGGCCAGCAGUGCCCGGACACUUGCAUUGCAGUGUGCCAUGAAGGACCCUCAGAACUGUGCCCUCUCCGCGCUGACCCUGUGCGAAAAGGAUCACAUAGCUUUUGAGACGGCGUACCAAAUUGUUCUAGACGCUGCUACGACCGGCAUGAGCUACACCCAGCUCUUUACGAUAGCACGGUACAUGGAGCACCGCGGGUACCCCAUGAGGGCCUACAAGCUGGCCACCCUGGCCAUGACCCAUCUCAACCUGAGCUACAAUCAGGAUACACACCCUGCCAUUAAUGACGUUUUGUGGGCCUGUGCGCUCAGCCACUCCCUUGGUAAAAAUGAGCUUGCAGCUAUAAUACCUCUGGUGGUCAAGAGUGUCAAGUGUGCAACGGUACUGUCAGACAUUUUGCGCAGAUGCACUCUGACCACUCCUGGCAUGGUGGGACUUCACGGAAGGAGGAACUCUGGUAAGCUCAUGUCACUGGACAAAGCCCCCUUGAGGCAGCUCUUGGAUGCCACAAUUGGGGCCUACAUCAACACGACGCACUCAAGACUCACGCACAUCAGUCCUCGGCACUAUAGUGAGUUUAUAGAGUUCCUCAGCAAGGCCCGAGAGACCUUCUUAAUGGCGCACGAUGGACACAUUCAGUUUACACAGUUUAUCGACAACCUGAAACAAAUCUACAAAGGCAAAAAGAAACUGAUGAUGUUGGUUCGGGAGAGGUUUGGUUGAUAGAACUUGUAUGAAUGGGGGUGGGGGGUGGGAAGGGAGGGAUGGUUUGUUUUUACUUGAGCCUGCCUUUGUACCCUUUUUAACUUAAAGAACAGAGCCACACCGGUAUUAUAUGUGUAUAGUUAUAUUGCGUUUGCAGACUAAAUUGUCAUGUUGUGAAAGUUUGUGUGUUUUUUAAUUUUUUUCCCUUUUUCUUACUUUUUUUUCCUUUCCUUUUAUUUUAUUAUAAUUUUUAAUUUUUUUCUUUUGGUUUUGUAUGAGAGAGAGGUUAAAAAGGUUUGGUUUACACUGAGUAUAUGUUGUCAAGUGGCGAAAGUCCACAUAGCUCUCCUGUUUUCUGUAUACGUUCACAGCCUCAAAAAAAAAAAAAAAAUAAUUGAAAUGGCUUUAAAAACCAAACAGAACACCUCCAUCCUGUGAUAAGUACCUCGAAUGGAUUCAGCUUUACUCCUUUGUAACUCAUCUUUACAUUUUCAGCAUAUUUAAACAAACCAACAAAAUGAAAUACUAAUAGUUAAAAGGCUGACCCACGUGGCUUUGCAGUGCUGUUCGUCCGGAAGCAUGGCACACGAUGCUUGUGCAUGUGGAAACUUAGCGACUGUCAACAUACAUUCUCAGGGAUUUAUCAAAAAAAAAAAUUAAAAAAAGAAUGAGAGCAUUUAUUGUACUGUAUAUAUAUUAUAGUAUAUGUCUGAAUAUUGAAAAUAUAACAUGAACUAAUUUAUAAAAAAUAUUCUAUGUAAUGCAAAAUACUUGAAGCUGCAGUAGCUUGGUUUUAAACAAAAACAAAAAAACUGAGAGAAAACCUAUCAGAAGGACUAAAAGAGUGCGCCUUGCUUCAGGGUUGGCUCAGGCGGUGAACUUCAUGCUGGGCAUCUAUGCAGAGCCACCUUUUGGAUUGCAUGGUUGGACUGCGAUCUAUUGGGAGAAAUGAUAUAUGUAUAUAUAUUUAUACAGUUUAUGUAUACAUAUAUAUAUGUAUACACACAGACACCAGACACAAACACACCACCACCAACAACCACUACACCACACAUGCUUGUAACAGGCACUAGAAUAAAGAGGGACAACAAAAU